AUGUCCGAGCAACUCACAACGAAGCAGGUCGCCGAGCACAACACGGUCGAGAAGGGCCUGUACAUCAUCGUAGACCAGGACGUGUACAAGCUGGACAGCUUCGUGGAGGAGCACCCCGGCGGUGCGAAGAUCCUGAAGAGAGUGGGUGGGAAGGAUGCAAGCAAGCAGUUUUGGAAGUACCACAACGAGAGCGUUCUCAAGAAGUACGGGCCGAAGCUGAAGGUUGGCACAGUCAAGGAAGAGGCGAAGCUGUAG